CAGAUAAUGAGGAGCCAGCUAUACUUGGCUGUCCAUCCUCCCAGUCUGUUUCCAUGGAGCUCGGUCAGAAUUUUGCUACGGUGUCUUGGACUGAACCAACAGUGAUAGAUAAUGCAGAUGCAUCUUUGAAUAUUAACUUAACAUUUGAUGGAGAGGGGACCAAUCCAGGCAACUUUACGCAAGGAAUCACUUCUCUUUCAUACAUAGCUGAAGAUACUGCUGGGAAUAAAGCUACUUGCAUGUUCGAGAUAGUAGUCAGUGAUACUGAAGAUCCAGUCAUAGUUGGCUGUCCAUUCUCCCAUUCCGUUUCCAUGGAGCUCGGUCAGAAUUUCGCUACAGUGCCUUGGGCGUUUGUGACUCCACCAACAGCAUCAGAUAACUCUGAUUUGAAUGUUACGGUAUCAUUCGAUGGGCCUGGGGAGGAGAUCAGUCCACGCAACUUUACACAAGGAAUUACUUCUCUUUUAUACACAGCUGUUGAUGCCGCUGGAAAUAGAGCUUCUUGCAUAAUCGAAAUAGUAGUCUUCGAUACUGAGGAUCCAGUUAUAGUUGGCUGUCCAUCGUCCCAGUCCGUUCCCAUGGAGCCCGGUCAGAAUUUCGCUACAGUGUCUUGGAUGCUUAUGACUCCACCAACAGCGUCAGAUAAUUCUAACAAAGUUACGCUGACAUUCAAUGGGCCUGGGGAGGAGAUCAAUCCACGCAACUUUUCACGAGGAAUCACUUCUCUUUCAUACACAGCUGCUGAUAACAACGAAAAUAGAGCUACUUGCAUGUUCGAGAUAGUUGUUAUUGAUAAUGAGGAGCCAGCUAUACUUGGCUGUCCAUCCUCCCAGUCCGUUUCCAUGGAGCUCGGUCAGAAUUUUGCUACGGUGUCUUGGACUGAACCAACAGUGAUAGAUAAUGCAGAUGCAUCUUUGAAUAUUAACUUAACAUUCGAUGGAGAGGGGACCAAUCCGGGCAACUUUACCCUGGGAAUCACUUCUCUUUCAUAUACAGCUAUUGAUACCGCAGGAAAUAGAGCUACUUGCAUGUUCGAGAUAGUAGUCAGUGAUACUGAGGAUCCAGUUAUAGUUGGCUGUCCAUUCUCCCGUACCGUACCGAUGGAGACCGGUCAGAGAUUCGCUACAGUGUCUUGGAUGUCUUUGACUCCAACAACAGCAUCAGAUAACUCUAAUAAUGUUACGCUGUCAUUCGAUGGGCCUGGGGAGGAGAUCAGUCCACGCAACUUUUCACGAGGAUUCACUUCUCUUUCAUACGUAGCUGUUGAUGCCGCUGGAAAUAGAGCUACUUGCAUGUUUCAGAUAGUAGUCAUUGAUACUGAGGAUCCAGUCAUAAUUGGCUGUCCAUCCUCCCAGUCCGUUCCCAUGGAGACCGGUCAGAAUUUCGCUACGGUGUCUUGGACUGAACCAAAAGUGUCAGAUAAUGCUUACACCGCUCGGCUGAUAUUCACUGGGCCUGGGGAGGAGAUCAAUCCACGAAACUUUUCACGAGGAAUCACUUCUCUUUCAUACACAGCUGUUGAUAAAGUCUUAAAUAGAGCUACUUGCAUGUUUGAGAUAGUAGUCAUUGGUAAGUGA